GAGGGCCCCCGGGCGGCGGAGGGCCCCCUGGCGGAGGAGGGCCCCCGGGCGGAGGAGGGCCCCCGGGCGGCGGAGGGCCCCCUGGCGGAGGAGGGCCCCCGGGCGGAGGAGGGCCCCCUGGCGCAGCUCGUCCACACAGCCCACCGGCGAGAAAAGCGCUGCUCCUGCGAGAACCAGAAAGACAAGGAGUGUAUUUUUUUCUGUCACAUCGGCAUCGUCUGGGUCAAUACCCCGAGCCAGGUGGUGCCGUACGGGUUCGGGUCGGUGCGCCUCCGCAGGGCGCUGCAGCGCUGCUUCUGCACUGACUCACAGGACACAGAGUGUUUCAGCUUCUGCUCUGAGCACAUACAAACACAGGAGGAGAACGCCGUUGUGAAGAGGAAGACUGAGAAGAUGAAGAGCUACAGAACUGCAUUGUGGGAGAAAAGAAACCGGCACGCUCUCAAACACCAGACCUGAGACGGAGGCGCUUCACCGCUAACACCAGCUCUUCAGAACGGAAGUCCUUAAAGUAUCUAAAGCAACUCAUAUUGGACCCUUUAGUACGUGGCGGCGGUCCGGUCGUGUACAGUGACGUUUUUUGUUAAUGUGAUGAUGAUGAUGAUGAUGAUGAUGAUGUUUGAACCGGAGCUUUGAACACUGACAGGCUUUGGCUCACAAAAUGUAUGAAUGUGUGACCUUUGUGUUGACGCCAAUCCGGUUCUUAACUGUUAGAAAACCUCCAAGCUGAGCAUCCUGGGAGUUUCCACAUAAAAACGUCCACAACCUUUUAUGUUUUGUCACAUUACAGCCAUCAACUUCAUUAUAUGUUUUGGUUAUUUUAUGUGACAGGGCCGUUCACCUAAACAGUCUGAGCCUAGAGGGUCAAAGUAUCUCUGGAGGAGCUGCAGAGAUCCACAGCUCAGGUUGUAAAGGUUCAGUACAAAUGUUAGCUGCACACAACAGAUCUGGAAAAGAAUAGAAAAAUGUAAAAAUCUCUCCUGGAGUUUAUGACAAAACAGCAACAAAUAAGUCUCAAUAGAGUUCCAGUUAGCCACUAUAACUGCUGACUUAGAAUGGUCUAGUCAAAGCACAAUUUAAAAUCUGUGACAAAACUUUAAAGUGUGGACAUCCAUUCAGUCUUGUUUAACUCAAGCUCUUUUUCUGGGAUGAUUUGUUCGGGUUCAGGAGGCUGAAUUCAUCCAUGCCAUACUUCUUAAAUUUUUGUUCUUAAAUAAUUUUCCUUCCACUUCACAGUUAUGCACGACUUGAUGUUGAUCCCAGUGAAAUUCAUUUUAGUUUGCAGUUGUUAUGUCACAAAAUGUAAGAAUGUUUGAGGGGCGAAAACACUUUUUAAUCUACAGCGUGUAUGGUGCAGUAAAAGGGACAAAAAUCAGACAAAUGGAAAAUUUGUGUGUUCAGUGACACUAGAUAAGUAUGAACAGCUUUCACCUUACGUAUAAUUAUCCCUGUAGCAUUUGCACCGUUUCCCAUCUGAUUUUUUUCCUUCCACUAAACUUUCUGUGAACAUGCUCAGAUACGACGCUCUGUGAACAACCAGUUUCUUGCUUGGUGUUGCAGAUUAAAUCUGGCAGCUCACCAACAAGAAGUUAUUGGUCUUAACAGCAGCACUUCGUGAUCCAGGAGAACUUUGUGUCCAGUUCAAUUUCUUAACAGAAAAAUCGUUCUGAAUAGUGAUUUGAAUUUUUAUUUGUAUCUCUGACUUUUGUUUCUCUUACUCCAACAUACCACAAUACGCAACAGGAAAAAAAAAAAAAAAAGCUUUUAGGGUCAAAAGUGAAACUGAGUGGAAACAAGUGGAGUUCCUGUUAUUGUUUGCAGUUUUUUUUAAGCUUUUCUUUGGAUUUUGGCUUCUUCUCAAUUUCAGAUGAGUUGUUGUUACUAACUGCUCUUCUGAAAACAAUUUUCCUCCCAAACGUGGUUCGCAGUGUUUGACUGUAAGAUGUGAAUGAAGCUCCUUCAUGCUGGGAUCAACAGCUCGGCUCUGAAUCUCCAUUUUAACAUUCAGAGAAGCUGCUGACAUUUCAGCUUCAACCUGACAAGAAAAUUACAGAUAAACACAGAAAAACUUGUUCGAAGACUAAUUGUACGAUAAUCAGGACUGUGAGGAUUUCACCUGCUGUCAGAGUUUCAGACUCAUCGUGUGAAUAUGAAUAAUAAUAAUGAUGAUGAUAAUAAUAUAUCUGUCUGUAAAGAAAUGUUUUUGCUGCUUCGCAUUACGUUUUUGUAUUUUUUCCAUGAAUGCAUGCAUCAAAGCAGCAGAAACAGCUGUCUGCUGUUUCUCUGUGGUUAUAUCUGCACCUUUGCUUCUUCCUCCGACAUGUUAAAGUAUCCAUGAAGAAUAAUGCACACAGAUGGUAGAGUGUAAA